AUGGAUAGGACAAAUGACUGCGGUUAUAGGAUGCUCCCAUUCCAGGGCCCUCUGCUUCCCCCUGGGAGCCUGGGGCUUCACUUUCCUCCAGAUAUACAGACUGAGAUCACAGAAGAGGACAGUGUCUUGCUGAUGCAUACCCUCUUGGCGGCAACCAAGGACCCUCUGGCCAUGGACCCUCCAGUUGCCAACCAGCCUAAGAAAAGCAAGACCAAGAAGGCCCCUAUUAAGGCUAUUACUAAGGCCAUACCUGCUGCCUGUACAGUCUCAUCUGCCAGUGUGAUUGCCACUGACAAGCCUAAAGUAACUUUGCAGGCUUUAAACCUGCCUAUCAUCCCCCAGAUCAACCAGGCUUCAGCUACCACUGAAGCAGCCAAUACUCAGGCUUCUUCAGUCACUCCUCAGCCUAAGAAAGCCAAUAAGACAAAGAGAGUUACUGCUAAGGCAACCCAAGGCUCCCAAUAUCCAACUGGCAAAGAGAGUGUCACUACACAGAUCAAGUCGUCCUUGCAGGCCCUAAACCUACCAGACAUCCUGCAGGCUAUCCAGGCUCCAGUUACCAGUGGGUCAACCAACUCCCAGGCCUUGACAGCCCCCACUAAGCCUAAGAAAGUUUCUAAAGCUAAGAAGGCUGCCAAUAAGGCCAUAACUAGUGCUAUUGCUAUCUCAUUGGCUCCAACCACUACCCACACAGCUACCACCCAAGGCCAAAUUAAUAAUGAGGCAGCCACUACCCAUGCCACAGCAGCCCGCAUCAGAACUAAUGGAGCCUCUGAAGCCAAGAAGGCAACUGUUAAGGUCAUAAACACUGAACUCCUAGAGACCCCAAAUGCUGAGAGAGCUAGCAGGCUGACUGAGGUCUCAGCAGUAGCUAACUGGCCCAAAAAAUUCAAAGGCAAGAAGGCUGCCAAAAAAGGCCCAAAAUCUGCCUAUGAGGUCUCUGAGGCUCCACUUGCUGCUCAAAUGAUUACAAACCAAGCCCUAGAAGCUGCCCUUCCGGUCAAGAGAGGGUCCAGGGUUCAUAACUCUGCCACUAAGACCCAGGCAGCUGAAAACCAGACUAAAAUUGUAGACCAAGGGGCCCAGGCCAAGAUGGCCACCUUUAAGACCAACAUAAGUGCCCUUGAGACUCAGGUUGCUGCUGCUGUCCAGGCCCUGGCAGAUGACUACCUGGCCCAGUUGAGUCUGGAGCCUACAACCAAGACCCGGGGCAAGAGGAACCAAAAGUCAAAGCAUCUGAAUGGGGAUGAGAGAGGUGGCAGUAAUUACAGGUUGAUCCCAUGGGGCUGGAGGCCUCCACCGCCCCGAGACGUGGCCAUUUUGCAAGAAAGGGCAAAUAAGUUGGUGAAAUACCUGUUGGUUAAGGACCAGACAAAGAUCCCCAUCAAGCGCUCAGACAUGCUGAAGGAUGUCAUCCAAGAAUAUGAUGACUAUUUCCCAGAGAUCAUUGAACGAGCAAGCUACGCUCUGGAGAAGAUGUUUCGAGUCAAUCUGAAGGAAAUUGAUAAGCAAAGUAGCUUGUAUAUUCUCAUCAGCACUCAGGAAUCUUCUGCAGGCAUACUGGGAACGACCAAGGACACACCCAAACUAGGUCUUCUCAUGGAUUCUGUCAUUUUUAUGAAUGGCAACAAGGCCAGUGAGGCUGUCAUCUGGGAGGUGCUGCACAAGCUGGGGCUGCGCCCUGGGGUGAGGCACUCGCUCUUUGGGGAAGUAAGGAAGCUCAUCACAGACGAGUUUGUGAAGCAGAAGUAUCUGGAGUACAAGAGGGUCCCUAACAGCAGACCACCUGAAUAUGAGUUCUUCUGGGGCUUGCGCUCCUACCAUGAGACUAGCAAGAUGAAAGUCCUCAAGUUUGCAUGCAAGGUACAGAAGAAAGACCCCAAGGACUGGGCUGCUCAGUACCAGGAGGCAGUGGAGAUGGAAGUCCAAGCUGCAGCUGUGGCUGCAGCUGAGGCUGAGGCAAGGGCUGAGGCAAGAGCCCAAAUGGGGAUUGGAGAGGAAGCUGUGGCUGGGCCCUGGAAUUGGGAUGACAUGGAUAUCGACUGCCUAACAAGGGAAGAGUUAGGCGAUGAUGCUCAGUCCUGGAACAGAUUUUCAUUUGAAAUUGAGACCAGAGCCCAAGAAAAUGCAGAAGCCAGCACCAACAUCGACUUCAGCAGAGGAGCUAGCACCAGGGCUACCUUCAGCGAUAGUGCUAGUAUUAGCUUCAGUGGUGCGCCCAGCCCCUGUGGUGGCUUUGGUGGCAGAGCUGGCAUUAGCUUUGGUGGCACAUCCAGGACCAGUGCCAGCUUCAGCAGUACAGCCAGCAUUUGCUUUAGUGGCAUACCCAGCACUAGCGCUAGUUUCAGUGGUGUAGCCAGCAUUAGCUUCAGUGGUGCAGCCAGCACCAGCUCUAGUUUCAACAGUGAAGCCUGCAUUAGCUUUGGUGGCACAUCUUGUACCAGUGCCAGCUUUGGUGGUGGGGUCAGCUCCAGUUUCAGUGUCCCACUCAGCAGCAGUCCCAGUUUCAGUGGUGGAGCCAGCUCUGGCUUUGGAGGCACACUCAGCACCACUGCAGGCUUCAGUGGUGCACUCAGCGGUAGCAGCUUUGGCAGUAUACCCAGAACCAGCACAGUUUUUAGUGGUGCACUUAGCACCAGCACUGGAUUUGGUGGCACACUGAGCACUAGUGUCUGCUUUGGUGGCUCUCCCAACUCCGGUGCCAGCUUUGGUGGCACACUUAAUACCAGUAUCUGCUUUGGCAGCUCUCCUAGCACCACCACUGGUUUUGAUGGAGUACUCAGCACCAGUGUCUCCUUUGGUGGCUCUUCUAGCACCAGCGCUGACUUUGGUGGUACACUAAGCACCAGCAUCUGCUUUGGUGGCUCUCCCAGCACUGGUGCCAGCUUUGGUGGUGCAUUCAGCACCAGUGUUGGCUUUGGUGGAGCACUCAACACCAGUGCUGGUUUUAACAGUGCUGCCAGCACUAGUGCCAGCUUCAGCAGUGCACCCAGCACCAUCUCUGGCUUUGGCGGUGUGUUCAGCACCAGUGCUGACUUCAGUGGGGCACUUAGCACCACUACUGACUUUGGCAUUGCUCCCAGUACCAGCAUUGGCUUUGGUGGAGUUCCCAGCACCAGCCUCUGCUUUGGCAGUGUGUCUAACACCAACCUAUGCUUUGGUGGCCAUCCUAGCACUAGCACCUGCUUUAGUGGUGCUACCAGUGCUAGUUUUGGUGAUGGAUCCAGUACGACUACUGGUUUCAUCUUUGGCAAUGGGUUAAGCACCAGUGCUGGAUUUAGUGGUGGACUGAGCACCAGUGCUGGCUUUGGUAGUGGACCAGGGACCAGUGCUAUCUUUGGUAGUGGACUGAGCACCAGUGCUGGCUUUGGUGGUGGACUGAUCUCAAGCAAUGGCUUUGGUGAUGGACUGGGCACCAAUGCUGGUUUUAACAGCACACUUGGUACAAGUUCUGGCUUUAGUGGUGGCCUCAGCAUCAGUGAUGGCUUUGGUGCUGGGCCUAAUAACAGCUUCAACGGAGGACCAAGUACCAUCAUUGGCUUCGGCAGUGGACCAAGCACAGGUGCUGGCUUCAGCAGUGGACAAAGCAGUGGUGCUGGCUUUGGCGGUGGACCAAGAAAUGGUGCUGGCUUUGGUGGUGGAGCCACCAGCCCUGGUGCCUGUAGCUUCUCCUAUGGCUAG